CUUGUUUUCUUGCUUACACACAAACCUUCUUGUUCAUAUAUUCUUACAACAAGAACAACAACAACAACACAUAAUGGCCACAGCAACCAAAGAUUCCAAAGUGUUCGUCAUUGGCACACGUCGAUCACAGCUUGCUUUAGCACAAGCAUACCUUGUACGAGACGCGUUGGCGAAAAAGUACCCUGAGAACGAGUUCAAAAUCGAAGCAAUGGCAACAACGGGCGAUCGCAUUCUCGACGUGGCCCUGAGCAAAAUUGGAGAAAAGUCUCUGUUUACCAAGGAACUCGAGUUGGCUUUGGACGACGGUCGUGUUGAUUUUGUUGUACACUCCUUGAAGGAUCUGCCUACCGUGUUGGAACCCGGCAUGGAAAUUGGCGCCAUUCUUGACCGUGAAACCCCCAAUGACGCUCUUGUGUUGGCCGAGCGCACAGACAAGAGCUAUACCCUCGAUACCUUACCGAAAGGUUCUGUGAUUGGUACAAGCAGUCUUCGUCGUACAGCACAAAUUAAGCGCAGACGCCCUGAUCUGGAGAUCAAGAGUGUUCGUGGCAACAUCCAUACUCGCAUUUCAAAGUUGGAUGACCCCGAAAACGGAGUCGACGCUUUGGUCUUGGCUGCGGCAGGUCUCAUCCGUGUUGACUUGGGUGGCCGUAUCAAUCAAUAUCUGGAUGAUGCCAUGCUUUAUGCUGUGUCGCAAGGUGCUUUGGCCAUUGAAUGCCGCGCCAAUGACGCACGUGUCAAAGACUUGCUCAAGGCACUUGAUCACCUCGAGACACGUAUUGUGUGCACUGCCGAGCGUGCCAUGAUGCGCGAACUGGAGGGUGGAUGCAGUGUUCCUAUUGGUGUCAAGACGACCUUUAAAGGUGAUACGCUUACUCUUGAUGGUCUGGUUGCCAGCUUGGAUGGUAAGCAAGUCGCUGAAUGCAAGGACCAAACAACUGUCGAUUUAGCGGCUUCCAUGGAAAGCAAAGAAGCUGUAGCAAAAGAGCUUGGUGUUCGCGUGGCUCAGAAGCUGCUUAGCAAAGGAGCUGAUGUCAUCUUGAAAGAAAUUAGUGAAAGCAACAAGAAGCCCUAAAAAAGAUCAGAUAUAGUUUUUUUUUUUUUACCUUUUGUACAUUUCUUCUCUCUCUUCCCUCCCCCCAAAAAACCCUUCUUUUUACCUGUAAAAUACAGGGGAAACUGUCUUUCAAACAGCCACACAUAUCCCAAAGAUCGAUUGAGCUAUCAAAAAGUUUUCAGUAUUAAAUAAACAUGUUACUAGAGUCCUUUUUGCGUAAUCCGAGCAUUUC